AAUGUGAACUGGGUUUAGGGUUUCCAAACAGGGCAUCCCCUAGUUAACUUACAAAAAAAAAAAGUCAUCUCCUCUGAGAAAAAAAAAUCCAAUCUUUUUUUGCCCUUUCUCUAUCCAACUUUCCCUUCUACAAUUCACCGGUGCAGAUCUACUUAAAAUGUCAACUUUGGAGGAGGAGAAGGAAUCAAUAUUGGUGAACACUGAGAUUUCUCCUCCAAAUACUUAUGAAUCGGUUGUUCUUGGAGGCACCUUCGACCGUCUGCACCAUGGUCACCAUCGAUUCCUUAAGGCUGCAGCAGAACUAGCAAGCCAAAGGAUUGUAAUUGGUAUCUGUGAUGGACCCAUGUUGGCUAAGAAGCAGUAUGCUCAUCUGAUAGAACCCAUUGCAAAAAGGAUGCAGAAUGUAGUAGAUUACAUUAAGUCUAUCAAGCCAGAGUUGUUAGUUCAGACUGAACCUAUCAUAGACCCUUAUGGUCCUUCAAUUGUUGACGAAAAACUAGAAGCCAUUGUUGUGAGUAAGGAAACGCUACGAGGCGGGCUGGCUGUCAACAAGAAGAGAGGCGAAAAAGGUUUAUCCCAACUGAAGGUUGAAGUUGUUGAUCUAGUGUCUGAAGAAGGAACAACAACCGGAGAGAAGCUGAGUUCUUCUACCCUAAGGAGGCGCGAAGCAGAAAAGCUUGAGAAAGAUCAACAAGUCUAAGUUAUAAGUUCUUAUUGUUUGUUUUAAAGAGGUGACUAUUUAGAUUGACUUGUUUGAAUUGGAAACAACUAUUCACAUACAAGAUUCUGCACCUAGUGAAGCAAUAUCCGAGUUUUACAGUAGUAUUA